AUGUAUAAAAUGGAAUAUUCUUACCUCAAUUCCUCUGCCUACGAGUCCUGUAUGGCUGGGAUGGACACCUCCAGCCUGGCUUCAGCCUAUGCAGACUUCAGUUCCUGCAGCCAGGCCAGUGGCUUCCAGUAUAACCCGAUCAGGACCACUUUUGGGGCCACGUCCGGCUGCCCGUCCCUCACGCCGGGAUCCUGCAGCCUCGGCACCCUCAGGGACCACCAGAGCAGUCCGUACGCCGCAGUUCCUUACAAACUCUUCACCGACCACGGCGGCCUCAACGAGAAGCGCAAGCAGCGGCGCAUUCGCACCACGUUCACGAGCGCGCAGCUCAAAGAGCUGGAGAGGGUCUUCGCCGAGACGCACUACCCUGACAUCUACACCCGGGAGGAGCUGGCCCUGAAGAUCGACCUCACGGAGGCGCGCGUCCAGGUGUGGUUCCAGGACGCCGCGCCAAGUUUCCGCAAGCAGGAGCGCGCGGCAGCUGCCCGGGGCGAGCCGCGGGCAAUAACACCCAACGGUGCCAAAUGCCGCCUUAGUGAAGAGCAGUAUGUUCUGAUCUGGGACGUGGCGGCGCGGCGGCGGCGAGCCGGGCCGGCGGGCGAGUGGGCGAGCGGUCUCUAUGGCGUGUCUUUACGGAGUACUAAGGUUCUCACGGGUUCAAUUCCUUUGUGUUUAGAGACCACGGUUCAGACAAUGGAAUUUGCAUUUUGGCUCAUCAAGGCAUCCUUUUUCCUGGCAACUCCGGGAUCACAUGUGACUUCACAAAAGCUGCAGGAGCUGAUGCCAGAUGGCCAUCUCUGA